GAUUUGUUGUCGCACUAGAACUUUUGUCUCAUAAUGACACCGGUCUGUAAAGGGUUUCUGGUUUUCCUUGCUGUAGGACAACUGAUUAUGCUGGUCCGAUCGUCCCGAUUCAUUCAUGGUCGUCCUAAAGGAGGUUUACUACCGUCACCUCGAUUGCCAGAUGGACAUAAAAUACCAGAAGAAAACUGGUUUACUCAAAAACUCGAUCAUUUUGACGACUCAAACAGGAAAACCUGGCAACAGAGGUUCUUUUUUAACGACACCUUUCGUCAAAAGGAAGACAGUCCUGUCUUUUUGAUGAUAGGAGGCGAAGGCACUGCUAAUCCUGUGUGGGUUGUCACCGGUAAUAUGAUGAACUAUGCACAAGAGUUUGGAGCGAUAGCUUUCUUACUAGAGCACAGGUUUUAUGGGAAGAGUCACCCAACAAGUGAUCUUAGUGACGAUAGCUUGAAGUACCUGAACAGUGAACAAGCCUUGGCAGAUUUGGCAGCAUUCAGACAAGCCAUGGCUGAGAAAUUUAACCUUACCAAGAGCAGAUGGAUUUCGUUUGGAGGAUCUUAUCCUGGUUCAUUAUCAGCCUGGUUUAGGCUCAAAUACCCACACUUGGUUGAUGGUGCAGUUGCAUCAAGUGCUCCAGUGAAGGCACAGCUACACUUCCCAGAGUACCUAGAGGUUGUAGCAGCAUCUUUGAAUACUACAGGGCCAGAGUGCAAUAAAAACAUUCAAAAUGCAACACAACAGAUUGAUAGACUUGUGCAGACCUCUGGAGGCAUUAAAGAACUUACACAGACAUUCAGGCUGUGUGAGCCUCUAAACAACAGCAAUGUUAAUGACGUUAGUAUAUUUUCAUCAGCACUGGCAGGGAAUUUCUUUGGUGUAGUGCAGUAUAACAAAGAUAACAGAGCAUUUGAGGGAGUGCCAGGGACUAACAUCACCAUAGACACCAUUUGUUCCAUUAUGGACAAUGAUAAGUUGGGUGAUCCAUUGAAUCGGUAUGCUAAGGUCAACUCUUUGAUGUUGGACACAUAUGAUGAGAAAUGCCUUGACACUAGAUGUGAUAACAGCGUAGCUUCAAUGAAAAAUGUCUCUUGGGCUGGAAGUGCUGCAGAAGGAGGCAGACAGUGGUUUUAUCAGACUUGUACAGAGUUUGGAUUUUAUCAGACAACUGAUACCAAAGAGCAGCCAUUUGGCAGUCACUUCCCACUGAGGUACUAUGUCCAACAAUGUGAAGAUGUGUUUGGUAAAUCCUUCAACAAGCCAAAUAUCCAGAGUGGCGUGAAACAAACUAAUACCAAUUAUGGUGGGCAAGGGAUUGCUGGCAGCAAGAUUGUUUUCCCAAAUGGCUCCAUUGAUCCAUGGCAUGCACUCGGCAUUACCAAAGAUGUCUCUGCAACAGAGCAGGCAAUCUUCAUUGAAGGUACUGCACACUGUGCCAAUAUGUACCCUGACAGCCCUGAAGACCUUCCACAGUUGAAGCAAGCAAGAGAGCAGAUCAAGAAACAUAUUGUAUUAUGGCUGAGUUGAUGAUAAACAAUUUAGAUAUAUGCUUUGUAAUAUACGUGCACCCAUGGCAACAGGGUGUUGCCAUGACAGUGUCAUUAACGUUCUUUUUGCACCUUUAUUUUUGAUAUACUGUUAAUUCAAUAUUAAGCUCCCCAGGGGCUUAUGUAUUUCUAGGCACUUUUACGAGGGGAGCCCUGGAGGCCAGGCUUAUUAGAGAGGCGGGGGCUUAAUAGACAGAGGGGCUUAAUAGACAGAGGGGCUUAAUAGACGGUGGGCUUAAUAGAUAUUGAGCUUAAUAGAUAGGGGGCUUAAUAGAUAGGGGCUUAAUUGACAGGGGGCUUAAUAGA